AUGUCGGAGUUGCCUCAAGUUGCUGAUUUGGUUACACUUGCAUCGAGAGUUACAAUUUUUGUUUAUAACCACAAAUGGCCAUUAAAUUGGUUAAGAAAAAGACUAGGUUGGACUGAGAUUAUUCGUCCGGGUGCCACUCGUUUUGGUACUGCAUUUAUCGCAUUGAAGAGUUUGUGUGAUCACAAACAUGAUUUGCAAGCUAUGGUCACCUCCCCGGAUUAUAAAAAAAUAAAAGUGAUGACUCCAAUGUUGAGACUUUUACGGAUUUGUGAUUCGGAUGAGAAGCCGGCUUUAGGUUAUGUAUAUGAAAGGAUGUAUAGGGCAAAAAAAGGAACUAAGAAACUUUUUCACAACAACAAAGAGAUGUUGCGUAAGAGUCAUCAUGCUGCAGCUUAUUGGUUGAAUCCGAUCUUUCAAUAUGAUCAAGAAAGUUUUUGUAAGAAACCAGAGGUGGUAGUGGGGGUUAUGGAUAUGAUUGAGCGUUACAGUAGUGAUGGUACUGUCAGUGGUCUAACUCUUAUGGACCAACUAAAGUUGUUUCAUGAGCAUGAAGGUAGUUUUGGUAGAACACUUGCUUUUUAUUCUCGUAAUACUACUCGCCCAGAUGCUCUGGAAUUGCAAAAAUUUGCAAUUCGAAUUUUAAGCCAAACAGCUUCUUCUUCCAGGUGUGAGCAGGAUUUGAGUGUCUUAGAGAGAAUCCACACUGAAAGAAGGAAUCGGUUGGAGCAUCAAAGGUUUAAUGACCUUGUUUAUGUUCAUUAUAACUCGCGUCUACAAAAUAGGCUCAAGGAUCACAAAAAGUCUUAUGAUCCAAUUGAUUAUGAAUGCAUUGAUAAAAUUGAGUUUUGGGUGGUUGAUGAAAUAACGGAAGGUGAACCAAGUUAUACCGAAUUGGAGAAUAUGGUUGAAGAUGAGCCACCAAACUACAAUGAAUCAACAAUUUUUUCUAAAAUUGAAUUUCUAUUUGAUAUUGAAGAUGAUGAAGAAGAUGACGUUGGAGUUUCUUUAGAACAAAUUGAAAGUAAGCGUCAGUGA